AUGAGACCGACCAACUCAAACCUCAAGGGAAUGUGAAAGGGAAGAAAAGAGAACAGAAAGUAUGUCCUUUGGCGGGUUGCUUGACGGGAGUUAUGCCAAAUGGAUGUUCUGUAUUUAAUCUACUUUGGAUUGACAGACGAACGGGUUAAAACACAUUAUGUUUCUUUCCCUUUGAGUACUGAAGCGCAAAAAAAUAACUUCAAAAUUAUGGCUAAGCUGAAUCCUCAGUUUUAUUGGUUGAGUUUUAUUGAUUUACCGAGCAUUAAACAAAGAAAAACACGCUUUCUUUAUAUGAAUUACUGCACAAAGGUUCUGACCCAAAUGAAAGGAAGCACACUGAGAGAUCUUAUAAUUGGAGAAAGUUGUAAAGUUUUAGACAACUUUAGCUUUUAUGCCAGAAGUGUGCUAAGACUUGCUCCAAGAGCAGUAAGGUUAAUUCACAUAAAGAACUUCAAAAUAUCACACAAGCAUUUUGGAAGGAUCCUAAUGUCAUGAGACAACACCGAGACAUUGUGACUCAGCAGUUGACAAGUUAAUGUUGACAAUUUGGACUACCUUAACCAUGUAAGAGACACAAAAGGUGCCCGUCCAUCGAUUAAGCAUAUCAAUCUAGAAUUUAACACAUUCAUUCAGCCUGAAGAAGAUAAUGAAAAAUUAGAUGGAUUGAUGCAAAAGAUUGCUGAGUCCAGGUUGAACACUUAUUUACUCACUGUGAAAAUUCGACCUAGGAUAAGAAGAAUGGCUGGAAACAAACACUUGUUAAAGGAAGAGUACAAAGUUGGGAAUUUUAAUGUGACUAUUUCAUAUCUUCCCUUAUUAGCUUAAUGCCUUUAUUUGACUAAUUCCACCACAAAUAAAAUAUUUCA